AAGACCCUCAUGUUGUCCAAGUCCCAGAAGCGACCCGGUGAAGAGUUUCCCAACGCUGCUAAACGCGUCAAACGCGAUAAUAUCACGCUCAAAGACAAGAAUGCCACCAACCGUACAAACUCUGCAUCCACCCCAUCUAAUUCAACGGACGACUGGUUUAUGACCCCUCGCCAUAAUGCUCCAGCCAAACUUUUUGUCAAGAAGCCGACGGUUAUGGAUGUCGAGGAAGUCGGAGAGAACGAGGAGAUGGCCAGUCUAGACAGCGAACCACCGCCUGGUCUAUCCAAGGCCGCCUGGAAAAAUAAGCAACGUAAACUACGAGCAAAGCAGCGGAAGUUUCAGGCAGCAGAUCCUGCGGGUAACUCAACGAGGCAGAAAACCAGCACUGUUGAUGUCGACAUGGUUGUUGACCCUCCUGUAAAACUGCACCAAUCAGAGGCCCCUAAACCGAAAGUUAAGGCCGACGUGAUCUCGGCGAAUGUUGAAACGCUGGCCAAAUCUCCGUCUCCGCCUCCACCUAUAACUUCAACUACUCCUCCUGUUCCCCAGCCACCCUCUCGGUACACAACUCUAGCUUCGACACCACAAAAUGGAAGCAUAUUCUCUGUUAUUGGCGUGGUCGCAUUCGUGGCACCUCUCAAGAAAACGAGUAGUGGAGACUGGAGCCAUCAUAUGCGAAUAGUCGAUUCUUCCAACUGCAAUGCCACAGUUCCUUCGAAUAAGGAGGGUUAUACGAUCAACUCUUUUGCCUCAAAGCAUUCCGAAUGGUUACCCAACGUGCAAGUGGGAAGCGUUGUCAUUCUGCAUGGCCUCAAGAGCAAACCCGAUACAAACUGGGGGGCUGUCGGCUAUAAAGACUUAUUCCAGUGGGCUAUAUAUGAUGCGAUUGGCGGUCGAGUAUGGCAUGGGGAUCUAGGACAAGCUCCAAGUUCCGAGCUCAUUACUGACAAAUCUGGACGGCGCCGUAACUUUUCUCCGUUCUAUGCUGCUUCUGGCGAGGACAUGAACUAUUGCAUUGGACUGCAUGAUUGGUGGACUACAGUUCAAGACAUCCGUGGCAAAGACGUUAUUAAUGUCCAGAUCACCCCUCCCUCCAGGCGCCCGCACUGCAACCCAUCGCAAGCAAAUUCACAAUAUUUUGAUUGGACGGCCGAAGUAUUGCAUAAGCAACAAAACGAGAAAACCUAUACAUUAUAUCUCACGGACUACACGGAGAUUCCCGAGGCCCGUUCCUGCCACCAGGAUUGGUGUCCUUCUGCACUCAGCGGAUGCGUGCUGCGCCUCGAAAUGUUCGAUAAGGCCCGACAGAUAGGCCCAACCAUGACUGUAGGACAAAUCUACUGUCUCAAAAACAUACGGAAAGAUUUUUUCUACGACAACAAGCUGCAAGGAAAGAUCGUCGAAAACAAAAUAUCAAAACUCAAUGAAAACGACCACCGUGUUGCGGAAAUUCUCGCACGAAAAGCUCAAGUGGACAUCUCUCUGGCGAAUGUUUCGGAAUGCGAAAGUGAGGUCACGUGCGUCGAGAAUAUCCGUCCUGGCUUCAAUGGCCAACUACUUGUCGAGCUAGUUCGUUCUGAAAACAGCGAAAUCUAUGUGACCGACUACACAACACAUCCUCAACUUCCAUUACUUCGUUAUUCGUGGGCCAAGGGCUUGGAUCAUCGUAUUCUCCAGAUCAGCCUCUUUGACAAACAGGCCGAACAUGCCAGGCUCUUGCAAACUGGCCAAUACUUUGUGUUUGAGUAUGUGCGAAUCAACCAGAAAUACUCUUCUCUGUCUGGCCGCAUGGGUGGCGACAAGAUGUUGAUGCACAAGACGAGUCUACAAAGCCCGAAAUUUGGACAUCUGGUCGAGGAACUGAUUCAACGCAAAAAGAAUAUCGGAGGACCCCAGCAUGUGUCGCCUCACAACCCUAUAAUGAAGUCAAUCGCUACGCCAACAGCGUCACCGCCGAAAAAAAGUAUUUCCCCGAAACCCUUUGCUGCUACUUCUACCUCCAUACCAACGAUCAGGCCCGCUAUCACUUCGUCUGGGAAGGCCGCUCUUGCACGCACUCCUCAAUCUGACGCCACACACACCAUCAAUGAGCUCCAGUUCGCCGAGUUCAAUGGACCGUUCAUUAUCCACGCUCGAGUCAUCGACUUCCAUCCUCUGAAGUUGGCACACGCAUUCAAGCGAGUUUGUCGUCGCUGCCUCGCGGAUGUUGAAGAAGAAGAAUGUCAUUUGUGCCAUGACUCCAAAUACGUGAAGGUCAUCUGUCGUCUGUGUGUUCUAGUUGAGGACGAAAGUGGAGCACAACUCCAGUUGUCGAUAUCUGGGCGCGAUACACCAAUACUGUCUGGCUUUGAGGCGGUUCUUUUGCAUGAAAACCGAGAGGCUGCCGACCGGUUUUCGCAACGCAUGCGACCUCUGCUAGGAAACUUGGAAGAAGUUCAUACGGAGCUUGAGAACGGCCGGAGGCUUGAGCCUUCGGGCAUGGCUAUGAACUUGAUGGUCGAUCGCUGGCAAAACCGAGAGAAGGAGUGGGUGUAUGGACUGCAUAGUCUAUGCGACAUUUGA